AUGUCAAGACCUCCCAUUUUUGUUAAUGACUUGGAAAUAGGAUGCCAGGUUUGGAAAAUGGGUAUCCGAGUCAUUGAUUUGUGGACUGUGAAAGAGAGGAAUGGCAAGUUACAUGUGGAGCUAAUCAUACAAGAUGCAAAGGGUCAACAGAUUCAGGUUGUUACACGUCCGAGAGAAUACAACCAUUGGAUGCAAGUGUUGACCGAACAUGAUACAUAUACACUGUAUAACGGUGAACCUCUAAAAAAUGAUAUCCAAUUGAAGGCAUGUGAUAACCCAAUUAAACUCAUGUUCAACCAAGCAACCACGCUUUAUAAAAAUCCGCAGCACAACAUCCCUCCUCACAAAUUUGAUUUCAAGCCUAUACCUGAUUUUAUUUCUGGAAUUUUCAAGCAUGAUAUGUUGUAUGAUGUCAUCGGAAUCUUCAAUGAAGUGAUUCGGAAACAAACUGCCGGCAACUGCAAAAAGGCUUGUGCUAACAUUUUAUUUAGUGACUACCACGGUAAUGUAAUUGAAGUUGUUCUCUGGGAUUCAUUUGCUUCAAAGCUAUUUGACUUCCUAAACUCAAAUUCAAAUGCCACUCCUAUCAUUAUUGUGCUAACCCAUGGUUGGUGCAAAAGAAGUGCUGCAAAAUCCACUUUGUCUAAUGCAUGGAAUGGAAGUAAACUUCUCAUCAACUAUGAUCAUCCACAAGUGCACGAUUACAGAACUAAGUUAGGCGAUUAUAAACCAUGCCCACUGGCUUCUCAAAGUGUGUCGCAAACAUCUGAAUAUGAUAAGUUUUGGACCAACUCUUUGGAAUUCAAGAGCAUAUCUGAGAUUAAAGGAAAAAAUUAG